AUGUACAACAAAGUUCUCAAUGAUUUGUUAUACUCGCACAACUUUUAUCGCGCACAUCAUUCGGCUCCAUCAUUGGUGAUUAGUCAACGAUUGAAUUUCAUUGCUCAAAAGUAUGCCGAACAUCUAGCUGCGACAUCGAAGUUCGAACACAGCGGAAACACCUUUGGUAAUGAACCAUUAGGAGAAAAUCUUUUUAUGCAAUGGAUAUCUGAGGGUCGAGUUCCAGUUAGUGGAAGAGAAGCAGCAAAAAAUUGGUAUGGUGAAAUCGAAUUAUACGAUUUCAAACAUCCGAGAUAUUCUGAAGACACAGGGCACUUUACACAAAUGAUCUGGCAAUCUUCACAGAAGAUGGGUGUCGGAGUAGCUUUAUCCGCUAAUGGAAGAGAAGUUUACAUUGUGACGAAUUAUUAUCCUGUGGGAAAUAUUAUUAAUCCUGGAUAUUUUGAAAGAAAUGUUUUACCAGUAAAACUUUAA